AUGACGAUUUACCAGUCGAUCCUCGACGCCACAACAGGCGCGCCCCUUCCCUUUGUGGGUAUUCUACUUGUACUGGCCUUUGUCACUCUCCAAGCCAUCACCAUAAUCCGCACAGCCUUCCUCUCCCCCCUCGGCAAAAUCCCCGGCCCCUUCCACGCCCGCUUCACCUCCCUCCGCCUGACCUACUCCGUCUUCUCCAACAACCGAAUCCACUACGUCCACUCCCUCCACCGCCGCUACGGCCCCAUCGUCCGCAUCAGCCCCCGCGAAAUCGACAUCGCCGAGCCCACCACCGCCCGCGAAAUCCACAAGAUGGGCUCCGGUUUCACAAAAGCCCCCUUUUACGCCCUCCUCUCCCCCGGGCCCGUGGAUAACAUUUUCAAUUUUCGGGACCCAAAGCUACACUCUGCCCGGCGUCGGCUCUACGCAAAGGGUUUUACCCUUUCCAGCCUCCGCAAAGAAUGGGAACCCACCAUCCGCGAGACUGUUGCCCUCGCGGUGGCGAAAAUCAAGGCUGAUGCAAUGAGAGGAGAAAAGGGGGCGGAGGUGAUGGGGUGGUUCACCCUCAUGGCCAACGAGAUCGUCUGUCGGCUUACGUUUGGUGGUGGGGAGGACACGGUGAAAAAGGGGGUGAAGGACCCGUUUGUGGUUAUGCUGGAAAGGAGGAUGGGGGAUUUGGCGCAUUUGCUCAAGUAUUUUGUUCCGCCGGUUUAUUACCUCGGGAGGAUGCUUGCUUUGGUGGUGAGGCCGCUAAGGGAUGUGUUUUACUCGCAGGAGAGGAUGUUUGCUGCUGGGGAUAGGGUUGUGGCGCAGGCAAGGAGGGGGGAGAAGGUUGUGGAUGGUGGGGGGAGGAGGAAUCUGUUUGCCAAUGCGCUGGCGGAGGAAGAGCAAGGGGGGCCGCCUGGGUUGAGUGAUACGGAUAUUGUCACUGAUGCUGGUGCUUUGUUGCUUGCUGGGUCGGAUCCGACGGCUAUUUCGUUGACGUUUUUGCUUUGGUGCGUGCUCAGCCGGCCGGAGGUGCAGAGGGAGGUUGAGGCGGAGGUGGCGGGGAUGGGGAGUGGGGAGAUUACUGAUGAGGUGUGCGAAGGGUUGCCGGUUUUGAACGCGGUUAUUGACGAGAGCCUGCGGCUGUAUGGCGCAGCGCCGGGGUCGAUGCCGAGGAGUGUGCCGAAGGGGGGAGCCACGCUUGGUGGGUACUAUGUCCCGGAUGAUACAGUGGUGGUUACGCAGAACUGGAGCCUGCACCGCGAUCCGGUCGCGUGGGAGAAUCCGGAUGUGUUUGACCAUACCCGCUGGCUGCCGGGUAAGCAGCUGUCGGAGCGGGCCAAGAUGUCGUUCAACCCGUUCGGGUACGGUGCCCGGCAGUGCUUGGGGGUGCAUCUCGGCCGAAUCGAAAUGCGGCUGGCUGCGGCCAUGUUUUUCCGGGAAUGUGCGGGAGCCAAGCUUGCCGCUUCUGCUACGCCAGAGAGCAUGGUGGUGGUGGAUAGUUUUAUUGCUGGUGUUCCGAAGUCUCGGAGGCUAGAAAUCACAAUGAAGGGGUAA